AUGGCUUCUUUCAGGUUCUGUGCGGAGUGUAACAACAUGCUCUAUCCAAAGGAGGACAAGGAGAACCAGAGACUGCUAUAUUCUUGUCGUAACUGUGAUUAUACGGAAUUGGCUGAAUCCGCAAAGGUGUAUCGUAACGAGUUGAUAACCAACAUUGGUGCUACCGCAGGUGUGGUCCAGGAUAUUGGGUUGGACCCUACGCUUCCAAAAUCCGACAAAUUGUGUCCGUUCUGCAAGUUCCGAGACUGUGUGUUUUUCCAGAGUCAGCAGAGGAGACGAGACACGUCGAUGAUUCUGUUCUAUGUGUGUUUGAAUUGUAAGAAGGUGUUUCAGAGUUGA